UGUUCUGUUGUCAAAAAAAUAAAAUCGUGUAAUAAGCGUGUGGUGAUUUUGGUGUUCAAAAUUAACGACGAAAUAAAUAAUAAAACACACGCAGCUCAACACACACACACACACAAAUUAAAAAACCCAAAACGCAAGCCAAGCUCACACCGGCGAAUCGCAGGUGAAAGCGAAGCGUAAAAACAAAAUUCUAAAUUCAAGCAACAAAAAGCAAAAAGCAAAGAGUUCCAACAGUUCUUAGUUUUCUUCGGUAUAUAAUUUUUUUUUUGUAUGUUAUUAUUCUUCUGUUGUUUUGUGUUCGGUGAAGAAUAAGAGAAGAAGAAGAAGAAACGGCAGCAUUUGGCAGCGAUCAAAACUGCACACAAAGCGAAGGCGCAAAUAAAAAUACAAAUACAAAUGACAACAACUAAAAUAAAUAUAAAACCAAAUAUUUAAGUUUAAUUCAAAACGAACAACGGCCAAACAGCCAACGAACAAAAACAACAAAAUCAACUAUAAAAAAGGAGAGCAAAAGGAAGAACAACACUGGCAUAUUCAAAGCAAGCGCCAAAGCAAGCCACAUGAGCAGCAGCGUGACGCCGACGCAGACGCAGACGCAGACGCAAACGUCGACGACUUAUGUAGCGUUAUAUGGCGAGCAUAAAAAGUGAAAUGCCGCCACUGCAUGCGGCAGAGGCGCUCGCCUCCAGCAGCAGUGCUACCGAUAGCGGAGGCGGCGGCGGCGGCAGCAGCAGCGGUGAGAACAACAACGACAGCAGCGCUACAGCAGCAGCAGCAGCAGCAGCAAGCAGCAACGGCAGCAGCAGCGACACUGCUAAUGGCUGCGGCAGCGCACCAGCAACGCCAAAUGCAAAUGCAACAAUUAGUGCUGCAGCCGAUUCCAGUGACAACCAGCCAGGUACGCCACAGCCAACAACACAACAGCAACAGCAGCAGCAACAUCAACAGCAGCAGCAGCAGCAACAGCAAACACAACAGCAACAAUCGCUAAUGUCAGCUGCUGAGCAACCAACAGGCAUAACUCAUCAGCCCUAUGCGACGCAUCAUAUGUACGCAGCCAACAUGCAACAGCAGCAGCAACAGCCGCAGCAGCAGCAACUCUAUGGCAGCAUCUACGGCAGCGAGCUGCAGCAACCAAGCUACGCCGCCAGCAGCUACAUCAACAGCUACGAGCAAUUCUAUCAGCAGCAGCAGCAGCAACAGCAAAGCGCCGUGCCCGACUACGGCAGCGCCUAUGGCGACUACGGCAAGAGCAGCGGCGUGCGCUAUCAUCCCUACUUGCAACAGCCCACAUCUGUGUUGCCGCCAGCAGCAGCAGCAGCAGCCAUAGCAGCAGUUGCUGCUGUUGAUGACAACAACGCUGCAGCAGCAGCAGCAGCCGCCGCCGCCGCUGCUGUUAGCACUACAACAGCAACAGCCACAGCGAUGAGUCCACGUGUUGUUAGCAGCAGCAGUCCCACGUCCACCUCGUCGCACUUGCAACUCAGCUCGGCAGCACAGACGCCCAGCUCGCCGGGCAAGCUGCAGUGCAAGAAAUGCGGCAUCUUGACCAGCAACGAGUCGGAGCUGCAGGAGCACAUUGCCAAUGUGCAUGGCGAGUCGCCGUACGGCAGCAGCGGCUACGCCAGCUCGCCCUACAUCAAGGAGGAGCUGCCCAUGCCAACGCCCACAGCAGUUUCGGCUGUGGCCAGCGCUGAUUUGCUUGAUCUCGAUUCGCAGAAAAUGGUUUAUCAUCAGCAAAUGUUGCAGCAGCAGCAACAGCAGCAGCAGCAUCAGCACCAUCAGCAACAUCACGACGCUGUUGUCACCGGAUUGCCAUUGACGCUGCCCGAUCCGCUGCACUCGAUGCAGUCGAUGCAGCAGCGCGCACUGCACAGCUGGGAGCAGCAGCAGCCGCAUCAGCCACAUCAGCUGCAGUCCAGCGAGGGAUUGCCGCCGUACAUGCAAACGCUGGUGGACAAGUCGCCCUACUACACGCCCAAGCAGUCGCCCUAUCAUCCACACCAGGCGAGCAGCAUCAAGCAGGAGUACGCCAUGAUCAAGUCCGAGUACGCGGACUCGCAGCACUAUGUGGACAAGUCCUUCGAUCCGACAGCCGCCGAUGCUGGCGCUCAAAUGGCCACCAGUCCCGCUGAGUUUCCCAGCACCACCACUGGCGUUGGUCCGCCAGAGGGCGCCACUGUCGGCGGCGGCGGCGGCGGCGCAGCUGCUGCUGGCUAUCGCGGCUUCGAGCCGCCCAGCUCCAGCUCCGUGUUGCCAGCCAACAGCUUGACAGCCAAGGCCGCCACCUGGAAGUCGAACGAGGCGCGUCGCCCCAAGACCUACAACUGCACCGCCUGCAACAAGUGGUUCACCAGCUCCGGCCACCUCAAGCGCCACUACAAUACGACGCUGCACAAGAACGCGGUCAAGUCCAGCGGCCAGCCCGAUCCGGCGACGUUGCCCAUUUCGGCGCAUCAUCAUCCAGCGCGCGAUCCGGUGACCAAGACCAGUCGACUCAAUGCCGCCGCCGCCGCUGCAAGCCGCUGUUCUGCUGCCGCUGCCGCCGCUGCAGCGCAGGAGCCGCCACAGCCCGUCAUGCCGCCCGAGCCGCCCAGAAGUCCGCCCGACUAUGGCGGCGGUUGCGGCGUUGCGACGGGCGUGCAGGUGGGCGCCGCCAUGUCGCAUUACUCGGCCUCGCCGUCGCCCACCGCUCAGCAGCAGCAGCAGCAUCAGUUGGUUGCCGCCAGCAAUGGCUAUGCCAGCAAUGGCCACGCCCACUAUCAUGGCUACAACAUGCAGCAGCAGCAGCAGCAGCAGCAACAAGUGCAAUCGACGACAAACGCUUCACCACAGCAUGCUAACAAUCAUCAUCAGCAGCAGCAACAGCAGCAGCAGCAGCAGCAGCAGCAACAACAUAAUACCGUUAUGAACGGUCACCCAAACGGGCUAGCAGGUCCCUCCGCCCCAAUCAACAACAACAACAACAACAUCAUACAAAUGCCGUCCUCCCAAAUGAGGGGCCUGCUGAACAAAUCAACAACACCAACAACACCAAUCAACAUUCAACAACACACCACAACAACAACAACAGCCACAGCAAUAGCAACAGCCACAGCAACCACAGCCACAGUUAUAAAGAUCGAACAAGUGGAGGACAGCAGCAACAACAUCACAGCAUCAGCAAUGGUCACGGACCAGCAGCAGCAGCAACAGUUGGAGGAGCAGCAGCAGCAGGUGGAAGCAGCUCAGGUGGUGGAGGAGCAACAGCAGGCAGUCGCAUUGCUGGUAGCACAUCAUCACCAGCAGCAGCAGCAGCAGCAGCAGGAGGAGCAGCAACAUCAGCAGCAGCAACUGGAGGGCAACUAUCUGCUAUCGCGCCCAUACAGCACGCCCAGCAGCAGCAACAUCAGCAGCAGCAGCAACUCGCCCCUUACUAUUUGCCCCCAGCCGGUUUACCACCACCAACAGCAGCAGCAGCAGCUGGAGCAACUGGAGCAGCAGCAGCACCACUUGGAUCCACAGCAGCUGCAGCUGCAGCAGCUGCAGCAGCAGCAGCAGCAGGAGCAGGCAAUGGAUUUCUCACGCACCCCGCCGCUGCUGCCGCCGCCGCCUAUGGCAGCGCUGCUGCCGCCUAUGGCAAUGGACUACAACAUGCUGGCUUUGGAUAUGCAGCACAGCAAUAUGCUGCAGUGCAGCAGCAUCAGCACGCAGCAGCUGCCGCCGGCUAUUACCACCACCACCCACACGCCCAUGCACACGCCCAUGCCCAUGCCCAUGCCCAUGCCCACGCCCACGCCCAGUAUGGACAUGGAAUGCACCACUAUGUUGCCGGUGGUGCACCAGCAGCCGCAGCAGCAGCAGCACUACCAGCAGCAGCUGUCGCCAAGCAGCAGCAGCAGCUCCACCACCACCAACAUCAUCAGCAGCAGCAGCAGCAACACCCUGCCAUGCUACCAGCAACUGCCGCCGGCGCUGGAGCACACAAUGAGCUAUCACACUAUUAUUGGUAGUAACGCCGCCAGCAGCUACAGCAGCAGCACCGAUGGCCACAUACUGCAGCUAAUGCCGGCCUCGAUUUUCGCGCCCUACGCGCCGCUCUCGCCCUAUUCGGUGGCAGCGCAGCGUUCGCCGCAGGAGGGAGAUUUGCCGCCAGUGCAUACGCUAACCGCGCUGCAUGCACAGCAAGAGGCGCAGCAGCAACAGGCAACCACAUUGACGCUGCUGUCCACACCGACGCCCUAUUCGCCCACAGUGAGCAGCUCGCGAGCAACGCCAGCGCUGGAGCUGGACAUGGCAACGCUUAUGGUGCAGCAGCAACAGCAGCAGCAGCAGCAAGAGUAUGAGCUGGAUCAGCAAUAUCAAAUGCAGCAGCAGCAGCAACAAUUUGAGCAGCAGCAGCUGGAGCAGCACUUGGCCCAGCAGCAGCAGCAGCAGCAACUUGAGCUGCAACAAACUGUUGCUGUGCUGCCCAAGAAGCGACGCAAUGCUGCUGCUGCUGCUGGUGCUGCUUCGGCACCAGCGAGCAAGCGACGCCGCACCAACAGCGUCUGCUCCACAUCGCCACAUUCGACGACGCUGCCCUCGGGUCGCAUCAAGUGCUUGGAGUGCGACAAGGAGUUCACCAAGAACUGCUACCUGACGCAGCACAACAAGAGCUUCCAUUCCGGUGAGUAUCCCUAUCGCUGCCAAAAGUGCGGCAAGCGCUUCCAAAGCGAAGAUGUCUAUACGACGCAUCUGGGCCGCCAUCGCACCGCCGACAAGCCGCACAAGUGCGAGCUCUGCCCCAAGCAGUUCCAUCACAAGACCGAUCUGCGGCGCCACGUCGAGGCCAUACACACGGGACUGAAGCAGCACAUGUGCGAUAUAUGCGAGAAGGGCUUUUGCCGCAAGGAUCACUUGCGCAAGCAUCUCGAGACGCACAAUCGUCCGCGUGUUGUUGGCAAAAAGGCAGCGGCAGCACAAGCAGCAGCAGCAGCAUCUGCAGCAGAAGAUGUUGCUGAUGAUGAUGAUAGUUUGUUAGAAGAUGAAGCAGCAGCAGCAGCAGCAGACGAAGAUGAUAAGCGCCAAAUGCAAUUAUUGCUUACGAGCGAGCAUCAUCUGAUUAAAACUGAUUAUGUUGAGAUUAAGCAUGAGCUUGAGUAUGAGGAGGAGUUUGCCGAUGAGUAUCAAUUGAUAGAAAAGGAUAUAGAAAUGUAUUAGCGUCCCAAAUUUGCUAACGUCUGUGUUCUCCGCUGCUUAGCAACACAGUUGCUGCAACAUGUUGCUAAGCUGUUGACAACACGCACCACACCAACAACUUU